CGCGGGUGUGGCGAGGUGAGGAUAUAGGGCAGCGGGAGUAGGGAGGAGAAGAGUGGCGACGGGGUAACCUUGGCACACCAGCAGCGGGUUAGUCCUAAAGAUGGCGGCAUGUCAUCAGUGCUGUGCUGUGCUGAGUAGAGUCUGAACAUCUCAAGACUUGAAUAAUUAACAUCAACUAAACAGCAGCCAAGCCAAUUUAAAUUAGUUUAGAAGUCCACAAGUUCCCAGUAAUAAGUCAAGCCUACCUAGAUGUAGCAAUCUACAAGCAACCUCUGCAAGCCAACCCAAAGAAGCACAACUGCCAAGUCCUAGCAUUCAUUACGGUAGAAGGAAACUGCUACAAUUCUUGUCAAGUUCCAACCCCAAGCCUGGCCUGCACCAUUGGCACAGCGAAGCACGGCACAAGCAACUGAGUGACAUCUGAGGACCACCACCCCCAUACAAGCCAGUUAUCACCGCCAAACUACUACAAAAGUCUUCUCUUACACAGCCUGGCACAAAAGAAGUGCUAUUUUUCAAAUGCCGCCCCCUUCUAUUUAUUGAGCAUUUUGUAAACCGGUCUCGUCGCAAGAAUCUGUGUUACGUAGAAUCUUUGUUGACCAAAGUCAGUGUUUGUUAGAUGUAUUGUUUAUCCUGAAAGUUGUGUCUUCUGGUCACGUAUACCUUUUCUUUUUUUCUUUUUUCUUUUUUUUCUUUAUCCAGUUAUAUCGGUGUGAAACUUAUUUUGGACUAUAAAGUUUUGUGAAUCUGACAAUACUCCUAAUCUUAUGCUUUUAAACCUAUGUGAAUCAAAGCAGUAAUAUAAAAAAAAAACUGACCAAGCGUCCUAUGUAAUGGUUCAUCUCUGAAGCAUUUUACGUAAUCCUUGUUCCUAAAAAAGAAAGUGUGAAGAUAACAGGAGCCAACAUAUUUUUUAAGUGUUCAAAAAGUACUGUUGUAGAAAACACCGACCAUGGAUCCUCAGUGGAAUCUUUUCCAGCCGCCAAUCUCUGAACCAGCAGUACUGGAAUACAACGGGGGAAGCCUACAACACCACAGUCGAUACAAUGGUUUUUAUGAUUCUCCACUCUCCAACCACCACCAGUCUCGCAGCAACAUGGCUCCGCUCUCUCCUAGCUUUAUAUGUCCCACGCCACAACACAACGUAUUUUCCUCCCAUAUGAAUAAUCACCAGUCGAGUCAACAGUCCAAUCAGUCUGUUCACCAGUCAAACCACCAGUCAAAUCAUCAAGCUAAUAACCAUUCACAGCAGCAUUCUCAGCAGCAUUCACAGCAGCAGCAACAGUCACAGCAGCAGCAGCAGCAACAGCAGCCACAGCAGCAGCAGCAGCAACAACAACAACAGCAGCAGCAACAGCAGCAGCAGCAGCAACAACAGCAGCAGCAGCAGCAACAGCAACAAUCACAGCAGCCACCACCACCACCAUCUCAGGGUCCUCCACGUUCCCCACAGCUAACUUCUACAUCCAAUUACUAUAACUCUAAUUCAAGUUCACAAUACACUCCUCCUGUUGCUGAUUUCAAAAUUGGAACUUUCACCCUCAAUGCCAAUGGGUUCCCAUCAGAGUCAAAUAGCCAAGACUCCAAUAACUCUUACUCGCAUAGUAAUGGAAUUUCUAGCAACAAUAGCCAGAGUGUGCGAGAAACUGGCAUCAUUGAAAAAUUGUUGCAAACGUAUGGCUUUAUUCAGUGCUGUGAGCGACAGGCAAGACUCUUCUUUCACUUCUCACAGUUUGAUGGCAACACGGAGCAUCUCCGCAUUGGUGAUCCUGUGGAGUUUGAGGUGACCUUUGAUAGGCGUACAGGCAAACCUAUUGCAUCUGCAGUUACUAAGAUUUCACCAGAAGUGGUUCUGAGCGAGGAGAGAGUGAUAGGCAUCGUUACGACGGAGCUGCGUAGUGAAUCAGGAGGAGAGCAUCAGGGACGAAUCACUUAUGAGAAUCGUGGAGAGUGUUUCUUCCUUCCGUAUGGCAAGGAAGAUGUUGAGGGCUAUGUAACUCUUAAACCCGGAGAUAAAGUCAGCUUCCAGAUUGCUACCAACCAAAGGACAGGCAACCUAGCUGCUCGCCAUGUUCGCUUGGAGAACCCUGCACAGCCAGUCAAGUACCAAGGUGUAGUUAGCACCAUCAAAGAUUCGUAUGGCUUUAUUGAGCGAGCAGACGUUGUCGACGAGAUAUUCUUCCACUUUUCUGAAGCUAAGAAUAUUCCUGGAGGGCUGAAGCUUGGCGAUGAUGUGGAGUUCUACAUCCAGACGCGCAAUGGUAAAGAAGUUGCAACUAACAUGGUAAAAUUAAAUCCUGGAACAGUUGUUUUUGAGGAUAUCAAUCAGGAGUUAAUAAGGGGUCAGGUGCUGAAGCCAGUGGAGAGGAACCCCAGACAUAACCAGAAGGACCCACUCACUGGUCGCAUACGUUACAGGGGCAAGGACCGCUCGGAGGUUGAAGUUAAGUUCGGAGAGCGAGACCAGAAAGGCGAUUUCACAUUGCGUCACGGAGACUGGGUGCAGUUCAACAUAGCUACCGAUCGUCGCGAUCAUUUGCAAAAAGCUACCAAUAUUUCCCUUUUGGAUGACAGCUUUAAUGUGUCUGGUGAGAAACGUGAACAUGGCGUCAUUGCUGCUCUGAAAGACGGUUACGGUUUCAUCAAGUGUGCCGAUCGUGAUGCUCGUCUGUUUUUCCACUACAACGAAUUGUUGGACCCAGAACAUGAAAUUGCCAUUAAUGAUGAGGUCAUGUUUACUGUUGCUCAGGAUACAACAAAUCAGUCGCCAAACCGGCAGAGUGCAAUCCGUAUUCACCGGGUAAACUCUGGCACAGUCAAGUUUGAAGUGCUCAUUACAGAGGGUGUGAAUGGUCAGAUAAUGGUUGAAGCUCCAGCAAGUCCUCGAAGUCCAAACAAGAGUAAUGGGCAGUCACCUGAAAAGACUGAAGAACCAGGGCUUAUAUCAUAUGUUCAGGAUGGCGUGAAACAGUCAAUCAACUACUAUGCUAAAGGCUGUGAUAGACCCCCACAGGUGGGGGAUAAGGUGGAGUUUAAUAUCUACCAAGUUAAACGCACCAAAGAGCUCAUAGCCAUGGGAGUGCAAAUACAGCAUAGCCAAAGUUUUAGCCGUCGGCUGAAGUUUGUGAUUCCUACUGCUGCAGGGUUCUCUGCACCAGCUGCCCUGCCAAACACUCCAAGCUCAACUAGCAACAGCAACUCUACUGAGAGCAGCAGCGGUGGUGGUGAUGUCAGCAGCAGCAGCAGCGGUGGUGGUGGUGUCAGCAGCAGCAGCAACAGCAGCACCACCUCCACUAAUACCACCACUACCAACACCAGUAACAACAACAGUAGUGGGACUGUCACCACUACAGUCACUAUCAGUAAUGGUUGCAACAGUAGCAGCAGUAGCAGCAACCAUAACAUCAGUAUUAAUGGUAACAGCAGCAACAGCAGCAGCAGUAGUAAUAUGAAUGGGACUGGUUCUUCAGGACGACCAUCAGCCACACUGCAUCAGGGCUUCGUGGCUGCACUUAAGGAUACGUUUGGCUUCAUCGAGACUAUUGCACACGACAAGGAGAUUUUCUUUCACUUCAGUAAUGUGGAAGGAGAUGCAAGUAGUUUUGAGUUGGGUCAAGAAGUUGAAUAUACGCUGUCAUCGCGCACUGGACCUGGAGGCAAGGUGUCUGCGGAGAAUGUUCAUGUACUCUCUAAGGGGACUCUUCCAAUGCCCAAGGUCAUGGCUGAUAUCUUUGAAGGGACUGUGCUUCGAUCCAUGCGCUCCAUCAACCCAGACCAGCAAGAGUAUUGUGGUCUAGUCUGUGUUGGCAACGAAAAUGAAGGAUUGCCUCAGUACGAGUUUGGCAUCACUGGUAUUGUCAACAAACGGGAACUGCUGCAGCCGGGAGAUCAAGUCACCUUCCAGCUGGACGAGUCCCGGCGUGCAGUCCUCAUUCGGGCCAUCCGCAAGAAGCUUAUUGCUACUGUUGAUGCUGUUAAAGGUCAGUACGGAUUCCUGAAUUAUGAAACAGAAGAAGGGAAGAAGCUCUUCUUCCACCAGUCAGAAGUGAAGGAUGGGAACUCCUUGAGCCCAGGUGAUGAGGUGGAGUUUGUCAUUAUCACCAAUCAGAAGACAGGAAAAUCCUCGGCUUGCAGCAUCUCUCGCAUUAUGUCUAAAACUGUUCCAACACAACGGCCUGAUCGUCUCAUCAGUAGACUCAAGAACUUGCAAUGCGACAAUAGUAAGCCACGCAUGACUGUUUUACGCCAACCAAAAGGUCCCGAUGGCACCAAGGGAUUUAUUUUAGAACGCACAAUAUCCGAAACUGUGCCCACUGAAGAACCUUAACUCCCUCCCUUUUCCCCUCCCUCCCCCUUCCCCAACCAGUUCCAUCCUUCCCUCGCCUUCCUACCUUGAUAUAUUAUUACAAGACUAUAGCAGAAUGGAAUCAAACAUCCAAUACAAUUUUAAAUUCUCAUAACAUUUUUGGUGAAGUCUGUCUGUCUGUCUCGUAUUUGAAAUGGAAGUUUGUAGUUUGUGUAUGUAUGCAUGCAUAUGUAUGUACAUGUAUAUGCAUAUGUAUGUUGGCUUUUCAAAAACUUUGCCAAGACCUUGAGGCAAACAGUUAAAGAUCAAUAGAGAAUAAGUGGUGUGGAAGAAGGAGAUUGAGUAAGAAUGUGAUUCAUUCAUUGAAGGAGAAGUAAGUAAUGGCUGGGAGUUUGAUGUUGGUGGUGGUGUGGUUGGUGCUGGAGCCGAGAGCACUUGCAAUGUCACGUUGUAACCCAGUAUUGCUGAAUUUGUUGGAGUGAGUGUAACGAAUGUGUUCGCAAAACGUUUUCCUACUGGAGGCCACUUAGGGUGAUAAUUUUUCCCUUGCUUUUGUUGCUUGUUCUGCAUCUCCAUGUAGUUUAGUGAUGCUUAAUAAUAGAAAAAGGUCAUCAUACUUUGCAAACUUUACCUGCAGUGAUUGUCCCCCAAGUGAGUGAAUGAUGUCAGGGAGAGUGAAUGUUGUGUGAGCACUUGUUGUUUAACUACCUAGAUUGUCACAACUUGGAGCUUAACAGUCUCAUUUUCAUUGUAGUUGUAGGUGAUAUUUUAUGAGUGCAGAACAAUCCCCAAAUGACAUUUGAUUGUGUAUAUGACUUGCCAAAAUUUCUUAUUAUGAAUCAUUAUUGAUGAAUGUAAGCACUACUUAACCACUUUGCUUAAGAUUUCAGUGUUAUUAAUUAAUUGUAGGGUAGAGAUUAUAGCAGUCAUCAAAAACAUACAGGUAUUGGCAUAUCUCGUUGUCCUUGGAUAUUUUGGCCAACUGAUAAAUGAUGGUUUACUUUGAUAUGGUCGACAGUUGAAAAUACCGUACUUUGGUUCAAGCAGGAGUGAUGCAGCUGUCGGGUGGCCCCGCAACAUUCUGCCUUGGUAGGCCAUUUCUACCCAUCAUGUCAAAAUUAUAUCGAUUUAAGUCAUUUAAAUUUAAAGCUGUGAAUUUUAAUUUUAAAUGACUUUGAGGCAGGAUAGUGGAAUUGUUACAUGACAUGGCAUCAUAUAUGCCUGUAAUUGUGGCUUUCGAGUAUAUACUGUAUGUAUGUGUUAUAAAAAUACCUACAUAAUGUACAUAAUCACAAACCUAUUAUACAAGCAGGUAAAAAUACAAAGCUUCCAUUCAUCCAUCAUAUCCAUGGGACGGCUACUGCUCAGCAGCCCUAACACAGUUAUUGUUACCUGGUCAGGGGACCUGCCGUUAUCCCUGCAAGGGCAAUGCAUGACUUGGUAAGAGGUUGUGUAUGGUGUUGUGCAGUGUAGCACUUGAUGAAAUAUUUAUAAACUUAAGAAAUUGAUGCCAUUAUAUCCAAGGAAAAUGUGAUAGUCUGUUUAAAGGUGAGAGCAACAGUUUUGAGCGCCUUGAUUUCAUUUAGGCUUUAAAUAUGCGUAUAAAAACCUGCUUAAAAUUUCAGCAAUUGAUAGACAUGACAAAUUUUAUAAUGACUAGAUAUACAUCUAUAUUUCAUAGUUGUUGAGUUGCAAUGUUUUAAACUACUUGUGGUAGCAAAAUUGGUUCAUAGUUUUUUGGGGAAAGUGGUGUUAACUACCCGAACAUGGCAGCUUCUUUUCAAAGAAUCUGGAGAAAAAAUCCUCAGAUUCUGAAUAAACAUUGCCAUUCUUUCUUCAGAUUCUUUGGUGGUUAAAAUCAUUUUCUGUCGACUCAAAUAAAAAAAAAGAAGGCUCAGAACUGAUGUUCUUUCACAAAGGAAAAUGAUGAUCUGCAAAUGAGUUUCCAUAAUUAUACCUCAACUAUAAGGCUGUGUUAAAGUCUGUGAUCCCACGCAACUAAGAGGGAUAAAUACGCAAAAUAGACGUAUUUAUACAUAAUGCACUCGAAGGUACUGUUGUGUUGACAAUGUUUAACCUUACCUGUGACACCACAAGUCUAUGCCCAAUAAAUCUUCAUACUGCUAGUUCUUUACCAUUUGUCUGGCCUACUCAAAAGCAUACGAUGUUUAACUACGUUGUGGACUGGUCAGUGUGUGGAUGCCUGUGACCCAUUUUGAUACCGUUGUCGGUAGGUUAUUGGCAGCAGGAGCCUUGAAACCUAAAGUACACUACCUUCCUGCUUCCAGUGACCUCACUUGCUGGCGUGUGUGGAGGAUGGACAGUCAGUCAUUGUGCUGGAUGGCUCUUAUUUUAUUUACUUGACAACAUGCUAACUUUGCUGAUGAUACAGAAAUACUAUUUCAGGGGACUGUUGUUAUUAUAAGUCAUUUUUUUAUUAUUAUUAUUAUUAUUAUUAUUAUAUGUAAAAUGUUUUAACACCUUAUUUCCACAUGUCAUUGAUGUUGACAAUUUAUUUUGUCAUACUUGGCCAUUUUGGUUAUUGAGACAAUUUGGAAAUGUUUGGUCAAUAUACGGGUAUGUCAAAAGAAAUGUGUGGAUUUUUUAUAUUUUGCCAAGUACAGUAAUAAUGCCAACCCUCCGCUUCAUAUGUAAAGAUAAGUGUUUAUUAUUAACCAUUGGACAAGAGGAACACUAUUCUCUUAUGAAAAUUGAAUUCAAAUCUGAGCAUUCCAUCAUGGCAGCUUAAAAACAUUCUUUUCAUAAAAUUAUAUGUACUAAUAGAGAACAAUGUGUUGAUAUAUUUGUUUGUGAUAUACUUUAGCCUUUACUGUUGGAUGUGCCGAAGUCUUGACAUCCUAUGGAUGAUGUGAACAGAAAACCCAAUAUUAACACCAAAUUUUCAAUAUUUUCAAUUUCAAUAGUAUGCUCUUUGAGCUUGAUUUAUGGAGCAUGUUUCUUUGAAAUAGUUUGACAAUUGGCACAGUUGUCAUCUGUCUUGUCCAUAAUGAAAGCCAAGACUAAUCUUCACUCUUGGAGAGGGUUGGGAGAUACAAUUAUGGCUUCAUAAUUAUCCUGAAUAAUGUAAUUGUCAAAAUUUUAAAUCCCAGAACUUCUUUUGGCAGGCUCUGUAUAAAGCUUUAGUUGGUAAUUUUAUUAAGAAAAUCUGUUGUUACUUUUGAAUAUCCAAAAAUUAGAUGGUGGAAGAUUAUAGUGAUAUGGCUGGAUAUUUCAUGAGGUCCACGGUUGUGUUCCUACUUGUUUAAGUCACUGAUUAUUGUGACUUAAAACAUUGAUCUUUAUAAACCUAUCAUAACAGGUAGUCAAAUGAUCUUAAUAGGUAAACAUCAUUAAGUUUGGCAAUUUCCUCGAUAUAUAUUAAAGUUGAUGGUAUAUACGAGUGAGAAGUAACGUGGCUGGUGUGAAGUGAUCCCGCUCAGAGAUCACUCUGUGUGGUAAUGGGAGUUUAUUAAUGUGUGUCCAUUUGUGUAAAGGUUGUUUAUUUACAGUCAGCAUCUUAAGAACUGAUAAUAACUUUGUAUAGAUAAAUUGAAUCAAAAAUUUUAAAGUUCUAUAGGUAUUUUUUUUAUAUAUAUAAUUUCACUGUGAAAUUGAGAGGCAAGUCCAGAUGGAUAUGUAUGGUAAAUUAAAGAAUGUAAUGUCCAAUAAAACUCGCUGUGUCUUCUUAAUUGUGCCAUGAAUAUACUCCUAAUUAUGUAAACCAUUUAAGAAAUUAUGCUGUAAAUUUCAAAUUGAAGCACCCUCAUCCUCCGAAUGAAAAUAUUCACUGUUGCCUCAACAUUUAACACUGCAAUUGUGAAUAUUUAUUGUUCGUGUGCCCCUCAGGAGUGGGUGCAAGCAUUCAUUUCCGCUCUCAAUACCAUGCAGACAAAGGUUGUGAGCCAUUAUAAUUCUUGACAGUAAUUUGAGAUGUUCCCUGAAAGUGGGAAAAGUUGUGCUGAGUAGCCUUACUACAUGCAUAUCAGGUCACUUGUGUGUACAAGGAUGCACCCUUUUAAUGGUCAGAAGCUUUGGAUUAAUGUUUUAUCACCUGUUUUAUUAUUUUUUGUAUUUUUAAUGGUUUCCUAAAUCAAUUGACACUUCACAACUUUGCUCUUUAAAUAGCUUACUACUUUGCACUGUUGGAUAUCUUGCUGCUACCUGUUCCCUCUUGUCACCAUUUAUUGCAUGGCAAAGAUUAUGUAUUAUACAUGUGCAAUCAAACCAUAAAAUCAGUUUUGCUUGAAAAAAAAAUUGAUACUAAAUUUUUUUUUAUGUAAGGCCAACUAAUUUUCUUGAGUACUGUACAGUACAUUACUGACAAUUUCCUGGAUGUGUAGUGGUCAUCCUCUGUACACAAAUUUUUCUUCUUGCCUUAAUUUUUAUUUUUCAUGUGGCAUUUUAUAACAAAAAACAUACACCAAAGCUUUUGUAUAGUCAUAGUAGGCACCAGUGUGAAUAAAGUGUAAAGGGAUUGCUUUGCAAGACCGAUAUGCAAGUAUUGCAUUUUUUCCCCCUGGAUCAUGUUCUGAGUGUAAUGUAAAGUGUAAGUUUUCUCUCAUAUAGGCAAUUCCUCUUAAUAUAAAUUAGUAAUGUUUUGGGUUAUAAGUCAGCCAAAUGUUCUGUAGGUUGGUGCAGACUGUGUGUUUAACAAAUCCAAAUGGAACAAAAAAAAGAAAAUAGUGUAAAAGACUUUAAAUCUUAAGGUAAUUAGAUUUUUUUUUUUUUUUUUAGCAGGUGUGAGGAUGUUGAAUUGUUCACCAUUCAAAUAUCAGUUUAAAUCUCCUUACAUUUGUGGCAUUAAACGUAAGUUGCCGAGUAACAAAAAAUAAAGCUACUUGAAAAACUUUCCUUAUCAUGUUGACCAUGAUUGUUUUUUAAAGCUACUUGUAAAAAAAAAUCUAAAAUGACAAAAUGCAAAAAACUAGUGUACGUGUGCUUAAAUAUACAACUUGAUUUCAUUUUUAUAUUACGCUAAGUGGCCUCAUUGCUUAUGGUAACAGGAAUGGAGAAUGAUAAGUUUUGUAUCAACUCGAAAAAGUAAUAAAAAUAUGCAAAUUUA